CGCCUCUCCGCCGCAGCAACGGAAACAUGGAGGGGGAGAGCACUUCGGCGGUGCUGUCCGGCUUUGUGCUCGGCGCGCUCGCCUUCCAGCACCUCAACACCGAUUCGGACACGGAAGGUUUUCUCUUUGGGGAAGUGAAAGGCGAAGCCAAGAAUAGCAUUACUGAUUCCCAAAUGGAUGAUGUUGAAGUUAUUUAUACAAUUGAUAUUCAGAAAUACAUUCCAUGCUAUCAGCUUUUUAGCUUUUACAAUUCUUCUGGUGAAAUAAAUGAGGAAGCAGCAAAGAAAAUAUUGUCCAGUGUCAAAAAGGAUGUGGUUGGUUGGUACAAAUUCCGGCGUCAUUCAGACCAGGUCAUGACAUUUAGAGAGAGACUGCUUCACAAAAACUUACAACAAUAUCUUUCAAGCCAGGAACUUGUCUUUCUGCUGUUAACACCAAGUAUAAUAACAGAAAGCUGCUCUACUCAUCGGCUGGAGCAUGCCUUAUAUAAACCUCAGAAAGGACUUUUCUACAGGAUACCAUUAGUGGUGGCCAAUCUGGGCAUGUCCGAACAACUGGGUUAUAAAACUGUAUCAGAUUCCUGUAUGUCUGCUGGUUUUAGCCGAGCAGUAAAAACACACAGCCCUGAAUUUUUUACAGAAGAUGGAUCUUUAAAGGAGGUACAUAAGAUAAAUGAAAUGUAUGCUUCUUUACAAGAGGAAUUAAAGGAUAUAUGCAAACAAGUAGAACACAGUGAGCAAGCAGUAGAGAAACUACUAACAGAUGUAAACAGACUGAGACAAGAAAUUAAAAAAAGAAAACAAGCACAGAUUCAAGCAGCACGAGAGAAGACUGUUGUCCAAAAAGACCCUCAGGAGAACAUUUUUCUUUGUCAAGCUUUACAGACAUUUUUUCCAGAUUGUGACUUUCUUCAUUCAUGUGUUAUCUCCUUGAAAAAUAGGCGUAUUUCUAAAAGUCGGUGUAAUACCAGCCAUCACCUCAAUGAGGUAGACAACCUGACCUUAAUGGUGGAAUACACGGACAUUCCUGAACCUAGUCCAGCUAGCAAUGCGCUGCAAAAGACCAAGCGUAAAGUUUUAGAUACAGAUGAUGGAUGGCAAGUAAAGAAGUCACGGCUGUUAGAGAUACAAAACAAACCAUCUAAAACAGAUACUGAUAGUAGUAGCCAAGAAAAAACAUCCACAACAAGCAGCCCAGAAACAGAUGAAGAGAUAGAAAAAAUGAAAGGUUCUGGUGAAUAUCCACAGUCACCUACAUUUUGAUCCUUUUAGGCCAAAAGAUUUUUCAUUGGCUGAAAGGUAAAGCCAAACAUUUCUGUUGUUUUUACUCUGUCCAAUGAUUUGCAGUUACACACAGUAAGUCCUAGUGCAUUUAUUUUAUUAAGUACUUUUAAAAAUACCAGAUGCUUAGUCUAAAACUUUUUCUACUUUUACUAAACUGUUGGAAAAGUAAAUAUUCUUUUAAACUGGUACAGCACUCUUUAGAACUGGAAAAAGAACUAACCUUAUCUUCACAAUAUAAGUCUAAAGUUAGUAUGAAAAAUUUAAUUUUUAUCUAACUCAUUAACAUUCCUUAAGUUAUGAAAAAUAUUACAUUUAUGGCUAGGGUUAUCAGAUAAAAUGCUGGACACCAUACAAUGUUAUUACUUACAUUAAAAAAUUACCCAUUUUUUAGCUGAUAAUUGAAAUUUAAUGGCAUAUCCUGUGUUUUAUUUGCUAAAUCUGGCAGUUCUGAUAUGGUAUGACUGUAACACAGCACAAAUGUAAUCUCUCCCUUCCCUAGUCUACAGUCCUCUAUACAAUAUUGAGUGAAUCCAGAAUUUGAGUACUGUGCUUGGGAUCAGUAGUUGUUCAGCUGAAAAGGCCAGUUAAAAUGGGACUUGGAAAUGACACAUACCCAUAUGUACAUAUAUAUAAUGUCCAUCACAGAGAUUUAAUUUUAACAUCAGAAGUGUACAGUUGUCAACCAUUUAUUGUAGGGUCAGGAACUUUUCUGCAAGAAUAUUGGAAUUCCAGUGUAAAUUGCAACCAUUACAUAAUCAUUACAAUUCCGUUUUAGUUUCUUUAAAGUGAAGAAUUUAAAGAAACUUGCAAAGUAACUUAAGUACAAAAUGCUACUAGGUUUUUUCAUUUCAUAGCACCCUCCUACUCCCAGUCUUACUAAAGUGUCCUGACCACACCUAAUUUGACAACUGUUUUUUAAAGCUAGUUAUUUUUUUGCAUUUACUUGGUUUUUGUUCCAACAGUAACUUUUUCUUUAAUGCUCAUAUUUCAUCAACACAAUUACAAAUGCAACUGACAUAGGUCUGGGAACAAAAGAGCACUCUUGGCAAUGCAGAACUCAAUAGGUUAGGAGAAUCCUGGGCUUCUGUAUGAUUUUUAAGGAUGUAAAGUGCCAGUUUAAUUCAGUGAGUUAAGUGGAAGUUGGCUAAGGGAACUCUUACUGUGGUAUUUUUGUGUGUGUCUUUUCAUAACUUUGAGAACUUCCAUUAAGCAUAUGCAUGUUAUAUGAAGCCUUCAUGUUUCACUCACUGGAUGAAAUGCUGAACGACACAGUUUGUCCGUUGCUGUUCAUGAUAGAGAAAAUUCAUAGAAUCAAGAACUGUCAUCUUUUGUCUCUGUUAACAUGCACUGGAUACCAUGGGGUGCUUACAAAGCCAAAAUAAAACUAGAGAUGAUUUGUACAAAUGAG